CGAACCGUUCCGCCGACAGCUAGACCACGUGUCGAUCUUUCACGAAGUCUCCUCAGACAAUUUCUCGCUCUUUUUUACUACUUAAAAUUGAAACAAGUGCGCGUUUUCCCACCUCAUUCGCCGUUAUCGAGAACGAGAAUCGUCAACAUUCGAGGAAGUGUUUUUUUUUUCUUCUCUUUUUUCCUGAAAAAAUUUAAACGUUCGUCGAUAUCUUUGUUCGACGAGACUAUUAUUUUUCCGGUGAUGAUUUCCUGUAAAAAUGUGUGAACUUAUGUUACGUCCGAUUGCUCCCCUCCAGCAAGACUAGUUCGAAGUGUAGGAUAUUACAAGAGAGAACUCCGUGCGUCAGCACGACGAACGGCCUACCGAUGAUGGCCACGAUGUCCGACUCGUAUGCCCACGAGUUUUUCAUGAAGAAGGAACUGACUUCUCCGAGUCCCGAAUCCGUGUACAGUGCGUGUUCCUCGUCAUCGCUGACCCCAUCGAGUGCCUCAGUGUUCCCUGAAUUCCACUCGCUGCCCUCGUUCCUCUCCGCCUACCCGGUCCCAAUCCAAUCCACCGGUUGGCACAAAGACAGCUACUCCGACGGAUGUCACACGCCUAGUCCGGAGAGUUUCCGUUCGACGAGCCCCGAACUGGAGCAGAAACCCGCGCAUCUGAAGCAGUACACCAUCCUACCGCAGCGGAUAGUCAGCGACGAGAACGCGGACGAGAGAGAGAAGACUGUCGAAAGAAGGAAAGCGGAUGUUGAGCACAGGUACCCGGACGAUAGUCUCCAGAGACAGAUCAUCCAGGUGCUCAAACGCGAUGACCCGGUCGACGACGAGGACUCCCUGGAGGGCUUCGACGAGGAGAGCUUCUCCCCGAGCAGCGACGAGGACGAGAUGGGCAGGAAGAAGUGUCGCAGGAGCAGUUCCAAGUUGGUGAGUCCGGUCGUCAUGAAGAAGAGGCGGCUGGCGGCCAACGCCAGGGAAAGACGGAGGAUGCAGAAUCUCAACGGUGCUUUCGACAGACUCCGCAAAGUCCUCCCUUCGCUCGGCAACGACCGGCAGCUUUCCAAGUACGAGACGCUGCAGAUGGCGCAGACUUACAUCAACGCUCUCUACGAUCUGCUUCUGUGAGUCAUGUUUUUGUGAGGCUUGUUUCCAGCAGCUGGAACUUCCAUUCAUUGGACUGCAUUUUGCAAUUUAGACCUAUGGAUUCUGGCUCAUCUGAAAAAACACUUACAAGCAUAGGGGAACUAAUGGCACAUACGUUGUUUUUAUACCGGGCCCGAAUUUAUUGUUCCUAAUUGCAAAAUGAAGUCCAAUUGGACGCCUUCGAAUCAAAAGGAGCUAUAUCCAAUGUGGUAUGAGCCCUGAGCCCUGCAAUAAACACGCUCUUAGGGGUCUCAGGACUCGUGUUAGAAUGGAUAUGGUUCCUUUUUAUUCAAAUACGUCCAAUUUUUUGUUAGCAUACAGAGACUCUGAUUAGACGACCACCAAUACUCGAUACAGGGCUAUAUUGUGACCCAUACUACAUUUUUAUUCUGUUUACAGUUGAACUGAAGCGCUGGGUACAUAAAAAGCACUUCUAACCUGCGGUACC